AUGUCUUUGGCUUAUCGCUUGGCCAACGAAAUUAACACAAAGUGUAUUAUAGGCAAAAUGGGUCGCCACAUUUGCUCCGAUACCUGUGAGCAACACAGAAUUUGCAGAGGAGAGAGAUGUGCGUGUCGUCGGCGGGACCUCCGGCCAACGUCCUGCUACGCAUGCAGGCUAGCAAAGACCGCGUGCCGACCAGGAGCGGGCGGAAGUGGAAUGUGUGAACGGUGUUUACACAAGGGCAGUAUACACUACUGCAACAGACGGGGUAGAGAGGACAACGCAGGCGAAGGUUUACCAGCCAGCCCUCCCGGCCGUCAAUAUCUAGUUGACUUCGGCCCCAAUGCCGGUGAGGCGCUUCUGAUGGGCGGAAUGUCGGCACCCUUGCCUUACCCGCACGGGUACCAGCCAAUAACUCCACCGGAGUCGGUGCGGUCCGGCUCAUUUGAGCAGACUCCGACAUUUUUUUCGAGUUCCGCCCACUCACCUCCUGCCUCCGCACCUGCUCUCCUUCCCGGCCCGGUUAUGCCUCCCGUUUUGGUUAUGCCUUCGGCACUGGCCUCUCCUGCCCUGGCCCAAGCCCCCAAUUGCGGUUGCCUUUGGAAAUUGGUUCAGGCUCAAGAGGCCAUUGACCAACAAGUUCCCCUCUGUGAUCGGGCUUCCAAGGUUGUACAGGCAAAUCGGGAGGUGGCUCAUUCGCUCGCCUGCUUGAUACGCUGUCCCUAUUGCUUUGGACCGGACAGACGCAGCGCCCCUUUGAUGACUGAACUUUACUCAGUGAUUGGAAAGGGGGUAAAGGGAUAUGAGGUUGAUGUGUUACCCUUCUCCUUGUUGCUGACUCCCGGGGAGAGGAGGAGCACACUGAGGACACUGAAAGUUCUCAGUAUUCUAACGCGUCGAUUUGGCGCGGACAGGUCUGAGGUGGGAUCCCUCAUAAUUAAAAUCACCGAGUUGGUUGGUGCCUUUCAGCGGGACCAACAACUAGCACUUGCCGGUGGUUCCUCUCCCAGGAGGGAAGCAAAGAAGAAAAAGCGAUUCGCGAGUCCAGUCGCCAUACAGGCGAAGGUGUCUGUCGGUCCUCAAAAGGGUAUUACUCAAGAAAACCAGCAACUUUACUUGAGUGCCGAUCAAAGCGUGUGGACCACCCCGAAAACCGCACGCACAACUUAUGGUUACAAAGACAAAACAAACGAACAAACAACACAUCACAGCAUUGUGGGUUUCAUCGACACUGGUCCCAUAAGGCCGUGUGUUUGGGGUGCGAAGUUGUCAACCUUUUCCUCGUUUUGGAAGGGGAAAACGACAUCCACUCGUCUGGUCAACAUCAAGACGCUUUCCAUCACUUCGGGCAGACCUACAACACCACCUUCGCAACUACCGUACACCAACAGAGUUCUUCGCAAAUCGAGCCAAACAACAACAGAGGGAUGUCUUUCACUCCCACACCUUAUCAAAAUCUUGCUUGGAUGUCUUUUCAAGGCCUGCUUUCGCCGGCUACGAGUAUCCCGUCUCCUUCACCUUUCAGGCUCUUAUGCUCAACUCGAGGGAGAUAAAUUGGCUGCCACAGGACAAGAAAUCCAAGCCGUCCUCCAGAAGGGUUGGAAAGCGCACUUCGGCGACGACCUCUCCCUGCAAAAUGUCCUCAGGUUCAUCUCAUCCAACAAAAAUCUAUUCAACAAGACCGCUAUGCUCGAGCGCAAGCCGGCCUUUUGUAUUUGUACCAUACACACAAGCGAACAUUAA